AUGACCAACACGGAAUCAGUCAUUAUCGUUGGGAGUGGUAUUGUAGGUUCUUCUCUCGCCUACUUCCUCUCCAAAUCCCCUACUACGAGAUCCAUCACCAUCAUCGAUCGGUCUUUUACUUCUCUACUUGGUUCUAGUGGAAUCGCUCCCGGUUUUAUAGGGCAGUUCAACGAGUCCGAAGUUCUCACCAAACUGGCUGUCGAUAGCGUGUCAGAAUAUGUCAAAAUCCCUGGAGGUUUUGAUCGCGUUGGGGGAUUGGAGAUAGCCUUCAAAGAUGAAGGCAUCAACCGACUAAAGACGAGAUACAAAGAUGCAGAGAAGUUAGGACUGCCAGCGGCUAUGAUGAGUAUGGAAGAAGCUCACAAACUAGCACCUGAUCUGGUGAAAGAAUCAGCUGCUGGGUCAGCCUUGUUCUUUGGCUCAGAUGGGACAGCCAAUGCUGCCAAAAUCACAACCUGGUAUCAGGAUGAAGCGAGGAAAAAUGGCGUCAAAAUUGUUGAAGCGGACGUGCAAAAGCUCUCUAUCUCGGACAGUCGCAUCACAGGCGUCUUCAUCAAAGAGAGCGACACUAUCCAACAACUCAGCGCGAACAAGGUGAUCCUCACCACAGGCAUUUGGGCACAAGGCCUAACAUCAGAACUCGACUUCCCCGUACCUGUUAUCCCAGUUGGCCAUCCUUAUAUGCAUGCUCAAACCCGCUGUCCUCUACCCCAUAAAAUUCCAUUCGUCAGAUGGCCGGAGCAUCAUAUAUAUGCUAGGGAUCACGGUGUCAAUUUUGGCAUUGGAAGUUACGAUCACGCACCCAUCUGUCAAAAUCCAGGAGAUUCUGCAACGGGAGAAUGGGUAGAAUCGUUUGAAGAACCGCUUAAGUUUGCAAGAGAUCUACUACCAUCGGCUGCACAGCAGGAGUUCAAAGAUGGUAGGAAGUUUAAUGGCGUUUUCUCGAUGACCCCGGAUAACAUGCCGCUGGCUGGCAGGAUUAAAUCCGUUGACGGACUUUUUACGAGCGUUGCAGUUUGGGUUACGCACGCUGCGGGAUGUGCCAAGUUCUUGGUUGAUAUCAUUGAUGGAAAGGAAGUGGACAACAAGACAGCCGAGGCCCUUGAUCCCCAAAGGUUUAGAGGACGGGACUUUUCUGAGUUGGAAGAGAAGUCAUUACUAGGAUACAACUCGAUCUACAAAACUGUAAAGUCGUCCAGUUAG